CUCUGCCGCGCGUGGACUCGGGGCCCUUCCUGCCCUGCUAGAAGUGCCACCCGCUGCCACACGCGGUGACUCUCUGGUGUCUCCAGGCAGCGUGUGGCGGGCUCUGGCCAGGAGACUCCGGACCCCGGCAGCCGCCUCCGUCCUCUGUGCUGGACCCCAGCGCCCCCCAGCGCCGCUCCCGAGCCCUGGCGCGUCUGUGAGAGCAGCGACCAUGGACGAAUCUCUGGCUGCCGGCCCGGAGAUGAGAAAUGUUUCCUCAGAAGGGACGGUGUCAUUUGAAGACGUGGCUGUGAACUUCACCUGGGAGGAGUGGCGCUACCUGAGUGAAGCUCAGAGGACCCUGUACUGGGAUGUGAUGCUGGAGACCCGCAGUCACCUGGUGUCCCUAGGGCAUUGUGUUUACGAUCCUGAGGAGAGCAUCAGGUCGGAGCAGGGAGUACAGCCGUGGUCUGUGGACGAUCCCCCAAGCCAGGACCUCUCAGAUGUUCAUGCUGUGGAUCACCUGACUCACAACAUCCCUGCAAAUCAGGGCAGACAUGUGUGGCAAGUUCUUACCGCCAGCAGCAAAAUACCAUCCAACGAGAGAACUUACUUAAUGGAAAAAAGCAGUUUAGACUCAAUUCACUGUUUGAACCAUAGUAUCAAAAAUGGAAACAAUUCAGCAAUGAUGCCUGAGAACUUUACUAUACAUAGGACCAUGAUGAUCCCUGGUGAGCCUCAUGAGGAGCAUGCUGGAGAGAACGAGGAGGUCUUUAUUAGGAUGAGGGAACCCAGCAAGUAUCCUGAGCACCUUAGUUACCAGGUGAUUCAGAACUUUCAACAACCUUUUGAAUUUCGUGAACAAGGAAAAGUCUUGAGUGAAGAAACAAUAUUUUCACCUAGAGGAGCCCUUCCGGAAGGGGCUGCCCGUAAAUGCAAUGAGUGCAGGGACACCCGUGAUGACGCACCUUUCCAUGUCCGAGACAGAACCCAAGGAAGACAGACUCCCUGCAGUUGUAAUGAAAAGCGGGGAGCUGCGGAGAUGACUCGAAUGCAUUUGAAUCCUCCUAGGUAUGUUGAACAUGAGCAGCAGGAAUGUUAUGAAAGUGGGGCCAGUCUCAGCAACACAUUUCACACCUAUCCGCAUGAGAGUACCCAUUUAGGACAGAAUAAUUUUGCAUAUAAGAGAUAUGGUGAAGCGGCCUCUAAAACCUCUGUUCUGACUGAACAUCAGAAAUCACAAGGAGACGAUCAACCUGAUGAGUGUGGGGUCACCUCUCAGAAUUCCUUACAGAGGGGACACCAGAGAAAUCUCAUUGCAGUGAAGUUGUUUGGCUCUAACGAUUAUGUGAAAACUUUCUCAUGGAAGACUGCCCGCACUGUACAUCCACAAUCUCAAACGGGAGUGAAGCGCUACGCAUGUCAGGUUUAUAAGAAAACUUUCAGGCACAAAUCUGCUUUUAGUGUCCAUCAGAGAACUCAUACCUGGGAGAAACCCUAUGAAUGUCAGGCAUGCAGGAAAGUGUUCUCCUGUAAGUCAGUUCUUGUUCUACAUGAGAGGACUCACACUGGAGAGAAACCCUAUGAAUGUGAAGGGUGUGGGAAAGCUUUUUCCAGUAAGUAUUACCUCAGUGAGCAUCGGAGAAUUCAUAGUGGAGAGAAGCCUUUUGAAUGUCAAGAGUGUAGGAAGACUUUCUCGUGGAAAUCAUCCCUCACUCACCAUCAGAAAAGUCACACUGGAGAGAAACCCUAUGAAUGUGAAGGGUGUGGGAAAGCUUUUUCCAGUAAGUAUUACCUCAGUGAGCAUCAGAGAAUUCACACUGGAGAGAAGCCUUAUGUAUGUCAAGAGUGUGGGAAGACUUUCUGCCAGAAAUCAUCCCUCAGGAAACAUAAGAGAAGUCACACUGGAGAGAAGCCUUAUGAAUGUCAAGAGUGCGGGAAGACUUUCUACCAGAAAUCAUCCCUCACUGAACAUCAGAGACUUCACACUGGUGAGAAACUCUAUGAUUGCGAAGGGUGUGGGAAAGCUUUUUCUACUAAGGCACACCUUAUUAGACAUAAGAGGAGUCACACUGGAGCUAAACCCUAUGAUUGCAAAGAGUGUGGGAAAGCUUUUCCCAGUAAGUAUUACCUCAGUGCGCAUCAGAAAAUUCACAGUGGAGGGAAGCCUUAUGAAUGUCAAGAGUGUAGGAAGACUUUCUCCUGGAAAUCAUCCCUCAGUGACCAUCAGAGAAGUCACACUGGAGAGAAACCCUAUUGUGAAAAGUGUGGGAAAACUUUUUCUAGUAAGUCAUACCUCAUUAUUCAUCAGAGAAGUCACACUGGAGAGAAACCUUAUGAAUGUGAAGAGUGUGGGAAAGCUUUUUCUAGUAAGUCAUCCCUCACUGUCCAUCAGAGAAGUCACACUGGAGAGAAACCCUAUUAUUGUGAAAAGUGUGGGAAAACUUUUUCUAGUAAGUCACACCUCAUUACUCAUCGGAGAAUUCACACUGGAGAGAAACCCUAUGAAUGUGAAGGGUGUGGGAAAGCUUUUUCCAGUAAGUCAUCCCUCAGUCACCAUCAGAGAAGUCACACUGGAGAGAAUCUGUAUGAAUGUCAAAGGUGUGGGAAAGCUUUUUCCAGUAAGUCUUACCUCAGUGAGCAUCAGAGAAUUCACACUGGAGAGAAGCCUUAUGAAUGUCAAGAGUGUAGGAAGACUUUCCAGUGGAAAUUAUCCCUCAGUCUCCAUCAGAGAAUUCACACUGGAGAGAAGCCUUAUGAAUGUCAGGAGUGUAGGAUGACUUUCCAGUGGAAAUCAUCCCUCAGUGAGCAUCAGAGAAUUCACACUGGAGAGAAGUCUUAUGAGUGUCAAGUGUGCAGGAAGACUUUCCACCUGAAAUCAUUACUCACUGAACAUAAGAGACUUCACGCUGGUGAGAAACGCUAUUAUUGCGAAGAGUGUGGCAAAGCUUUUUCUACUAAGGCACACCUCAUUAGACAUAAGAGAAGUCACACUGGAGAGAAACCCUAUGAUUGUGAAGAAUGUGGCAAAGCUUUUUCUACUAAGGCACACCUCAUUAGACAUCAGAGAAGUCACACCGGAGAGAAACCGUAUGAAUGUGAAGGGUGUGGGAAAGUUUUUUCCAGUAAGUCUUACCUCAGUGAGCAUCAGAGAAUUCACACUGGAGAGAAGCGUUAUGAAUGUCAAGAGUGUGGGAAGACUUUCCAGUGGAAAUCAUCCCUCACAAAACAUAAGAAAAGUCACACUGGAGAGAAGCCUUAUGAAUGUCAAGAGUGCAGGAAGACUUUCCACCAGAAAUCAUCCCUCACUGAACAUCAGAGACGUCACACUACUGAGAAACGCUUUGAUUGCUAAGGGUGUGGGAAAUCU